AUGGAUUGGGCCGAACACCACCAAUGGGGUGAAAUUCGAUCAUUACAUGCUUUGCUAGCUUGGAAAUCCCUGAAAUGCAUCUCUCCUCCUCCUAGUUUCAACUCAUGGAAUAGAUUUGGAUGCGGGAUCAACGAAGGUCUUUUUCGUAAAACCGCUGAUCGUUUGAUUGAACUGGCUGGCUAUGAAUAUGUGAAUAUCGACGAUUGCUGGCAAGUGGAUCGCCUACCAGAUGGUACUAUUGGAGUUGAUCCACGGUUUCCAAAUGGAAUGAAGGCUCUCGCGGAUUACGUCCACGACAAGGGCCUAAAGUUUGGAUUGUAUAGUUCUGCUGGAACCAUGACGUGUGAAAAGAGGCCAGGCUCGCUCAAUUUUGAAGUCAUCGACGCAAGAACAUACGCGGCAUGGGAUGUCGACUAUUUGAAAUACGACAACUGCUUCAACGAAAACAUUCCAGCCUUGACCAGGGGCCAAGAGUCUCCAUGGCUUUGGGGUCCAGAGGUCGCAAACGCUUGGAGAACGACAGGAGAUAUUCGGGAUAAGUGGAUGUCAGUUAUCUACAUUCUAGAUCUCCAAGUUCCGAUUGCACAGCAUUCUCGUCCUCAGGGUUUCAACGACAUGGAUAUGCUGGAAGUCGGAAACGGUGUCUUGACUACAGGAGAAUAUCGCAGCCACUUUUCAUUAUGGUCUGCUUUGAAAUCUCCACUACUUAUUGGAUGCGACUUGGAUAACAUUUCACCCAUUGACCUCGAGAUUUUACUUGCUCCUGAAAUAAUGGCUGUAAAUCAAGAUCCAUUGGGCAUUUCGGCUAUCCGAGUCUGGAAGGAAGGCGAUUUAGACGUUUGGAGUGGUCCACUAAGUAGUGGUGACAAGGUCUCAGUUCUGUUCAACCGAGCGUCUCACAAUAACAUAAUCAGCGUGCCUCUUACGGCACUUGGAUAUCCGCCUGCAACACUUGUGUUGGCGAGGGACCUCUGGAGGCGACAAGAUAUUGGCACAUACCAAACCACCUUCUCGGCAAACGUACCGCCACAUGGUGUGGUCGUGAUUAAAACACGUUCGACUCACGAGCAGACGUCUGUGGUUAAGACCACCAUCUACACCCCACUCUACAUGGACGAGGAUGUAAUUGUAGCAGCGAAUGGCACUCAAACAUCAAGGGUGUCAACUUCGUCGUCUUCAAUACCAAACCAAGCGAUUCUUGCUGUAGCAGGAGCUGGUUUGGCGACUAUAAUGCUUCUUCAAUCGCGAGGAAGUAGACGUCCCAAGUUAUAA